UGAGCAGUUCUAUUAAAAUGCGAAAUAUUUGUAGGCGCGUGUUGUUUACCCGUAUACCCUUAACCUUGCUCUUGCUUUUGCUGGGCUAUGUAAAUAGUGACGUCAACGCCGCGACCGCUGCAACAACGGAGGAGCGCACGUCAACGUACGCGUAUGUGGACCACAGCGAUGCAACACCUGCACCCACCAGCGCGCCCARUAGCGKUAAAARUACACCGCCUKCUUGCUCAGCAGAUUAUUGGCCGCGUCAACUGGACACCAUGCACGCUUAUGUGGACGACGUAAUGUGGCCUUGCGACGAUUUCUAUGAGUACGCAUGUGGUAAUUGGCGCGCGCCAUAUCAAUUGCGCGCGCGCGGUGCACAUGACACACUGAGCGCCGUCAAAGCGGAUAACAAACAACAAUUAGUGGCGUAUCUUUUGGAAAAGCAAGAGGCGCUUCAUACAGACAUGCGCGCAACGUUGCAGCGSAGUGAAAAGGUUGCAGUGCGUUUCUUCAAUGCAUGCGUCGAGCGCGUUACAGGCGAGAACAGCUACACCGGGCGUUCACAUUUGAAUGUGGAAGCCGCCACAUUGCGCACAUACACCGACGCGCUACGUCGCAUAAGCGAGUGGCCGGUGCUGAACCCCAAUUGGGAGACGAUCGACGCGAACACCACCCUGAAGUGGGGCAUAUAUUUGAGCGCGGAGUUGCGCCGCUACGGCGUGCAAUCUCUGUGGCGUUUACUAGUCACCAGCAACUGGCAACAAGCGGAGCAACAAAUCCUCUACAUAUCGGCGCCAGCGUUCGAUUUGCUCAAACCAACGCGCAACGCGGCGCAAUACGAUAGCGACUCGGAAUAUGUAUACAAACGGUACGUGAAAUAUUUGAUGCUGGAUUUGGGCAUGCGUGUACGACGCGCGCAAGCUAUUGCCGGCGAAGUGGUGGAGUUUGAGAAACAGCUGUUUGAGCUGGUGCCCAGCGAGAGCUUGUUGCUGCUGCGCGAGCCACAAACGUUGUCGUCGUUGGCAGCUGAGCUGCCCGAAUUGAAUUUGCSUGAAUAUUUCGGUGUGGUUCUGCGCGAUAUAGMCGAUGAAUUGCCCAACGAUUACGCUAAACGUYUGCUAAUUGUGGCAGAUAUACCGUAUUUGCGCAAGCUCCGCGAUUUCUUAAAGCGCACUAAACCGGAGGUGCUUGCUAAAUAUCUGCUGGUGCAGUUUUUGGCGCACUUCGAGGUGAGCAUGCACGAUGAGGAGAGCUUUCAAGAGCAGCGCGAUUACUGCUUACAACAACUACACGCUUUUCUGCCAGCGGAACUAACGGAAAUGUUCAUGCGUCUGCAGUACGGCGACACAGGGGAUGCAGCUAAUUAUAUGGCGCAUACGCAGAGCGCCCUGAACGACAUUUUCAAAAAGCUGAAAAUGCAAUUUGAACACUCGCUGAACGCCACGAAUGUUUUUGAACGCGACGCGCUCACCAAAUCACUGGGUAUGSAGAAGCUGCAUGCGAUGCGCUUGCUGCUGCCACAAGCGGCAAACGUCAGCAAAGCUCAUUUGCCAUCCACUAUCGAGCUGGGCGGYAACCACGAYGYCAAUUUGCUGAAAUUGUGGCGUUGGCGCACGCAUAGCCAACUGCAUGAAGUGCUCGAAACGUUGCUCACAGGACGGAGCGCACCGCCUGCCUACAACAACUACGGACCACUGGAUGUCAAUGCCUACUAUCGGCUGAAGAAGAACGCCAUCGAACUGCCAAUAGGUAUAUUGCGCGCGCCCUUCUACCACAACUGCCUGGAUGCAGCGAAAAUAUACGGCAGCUUCGUCYACGURAUCGCGCACGAGCUGAUGCAUGGAUUCGACUACGACGGCCUCAAUUACGAUCAGGCGGGGAAUAUGGUGGGCAACUGGGGUGCUAAAGCUAUAAUACGAUUUGGCACUAAAUCGCGUUGCUAUCUCAGCGAGCGUUACGACGACGGCGAGGUGACGUUGAAUGAGAAUAUCGCCGAUACGGAGGGCCUGCGCCUCGCUCUGGAAACCUACCGACGCAGUGUAGGUGUAAAUAACACCCUAACGACGGAACAGCUAAAGCUCUUCUUCCUGAGCUUCGCGCAAACGUGGUGUGGCACCAAUGCGUCGCGCACCAAUAAUCUGCAUGAUGCGCAUAGCGUGCGCGUCAACAAUGUGGUGAGCAAUUUCGAGGAAUUCGCGUCGGCAUACGGUUGUGGCAAGCAUAGCCCCAUGAAUCCACCCUACAAAUGCAGAAUAUGGGCCKAGGAAUAGCGGAAUWGGAAGUGGACCUACUGCAUAUUAUUGUAUAGUUACUGUAUUUCAUUGUAUAUACCGUUAUUUGUAGGUUACAAUAAAGCUGU